CUCUGUUAUUUUCUAAUAAAUUUGAAAAAAAAAACUCACGGAAUCACCAAUAAAUAUUCAUCCUCCACACCUUCAUUUCUACCAAUAGACACCCUCAAUUUCACUGGAAACCACCGUGACUCGGUUGGCCAGUGCCGUCGUCCUCCUCAUCGCCUUUUGCAGCCGGUAGCCGAAACCUUAUUGGAGACAUUUACUCUUGUUUUAUAGGGUGCCCUACUUUACAAAUCCAAAACCCUAUCACCUUCUCGUCUUCAACCUCCAAAACCCUAGGCUUUUCUAGACUCGUACCUUGCAGUUAGGCGUCGCCCUCAAUCCAUGACUACCAGAUUGCAAUUCGGGAACUCGUGCGAUGUUGGGGUAUUUUCGAAGUUGACGAACGCUUACUGUUUGGUCUCCAUCUGUGAUCACGUGUGCCUCUUUUUUUUUUUUCCAAAUUUAAGAGAUAACAAAGGAGUAAAAUGCAUUUAAGGUUGAGGGGUUGAGAGAGUGAUUAAUGUAAUUACAAUUUACAUGCAUAGAAACAUUAAACGUACACAUAAAAUGCUGGAUCCGGUGGAUGUGGAUAUUGCAGAUUCUGAUUUUCUCACCAAUCAAUCAGAUCUUGAAGACUCUUCCGACUCCGACAUUGAUAAUUACUGCUUGGCUUUUACAUGCAAGAACCGAUUGUUUGGUCGCCAGAAGCCUCUCCAUGUUGUCCUCGGCGCCGGUGUAUCUGCUGAUAUUAUACUUUGGAGGAACAAGCAGAUCUCAGCCUACAUUUUUAUGGGUGCAACACUCAUAUGGCUUCUAUUUGAGAGAUUAGGUUAUAGUUUGGUCGUGUUCUUUUGCCACGCUUCAUUGCUCUCCUUGACAGCCUUGUUCUUGUGGUCCAAUUUUGGUUCCUUAAUCCAUGCUGUGUCUGCACCGGAAAUUCCAGAGAUUGUAGUACCACAGCACCUGUUUAUGAGGACUGCUAUUUCCAUGACAACUACAUAUAAUCAAGCAUUAAGAUCAUUUGGGCAAGUAGUUUUUGGGACAGACAUAAGAGAUUUCCUCGCGGUGGCGGCAACUUUGUGGGUUCUGUCUGUUGCCGGAAGCCGGUGCAGUUUCUUGAGCUUCCUUUACUUAGUGUUUGUGAUACUGAUGACCGUGCCAGCGUUGUACGAGAAUCUUGAGGAUAGCGUGGACAGCAUUGCAGAGAAAGCACUGAUUGAAAUAAAGAAGCAGUAUGCAGUGUUGGAUGGAAAAGUUCUGCAGAAACUCAAAAAGAAAGUAAUUUCUUACAAGAACAAAAAGCAGCCCUAAUUAUUUGCCAGCCUUCCUGUUUUGAGGUUCUGCUGGACUCUUCUUCUUCAUAUAGUUGG